AUAACAAUGGCUUGCAGUAAAUACAAAUCAACAAAGGAGACAACCCACGCCGCCCGUCUGUCCAGGUUGUUGUUGGAUCCAUGUACAGAUCUCUUCAGGGACCUUCUCAGGACCUUCAUAACUGAAGUCCAAUUUCCAUAUGCCCUUCCAAAUCACAAAGCUACUUUAUUACAAAUUACCAACAAAGACCAAAGGAAUUUAUUGUAUCCAAACACAGGACUAUUUCAGGGAACGUAUGAAGAAUUUGAUUUAUCUUUGUUAUAUAUUUUAUUGAGAAAUAUAUCGGGGAUACCUCCCCACCAGAAAGGAUGGGGUAAACAUCCAGAUCUAACUGACCGGUCCCUUUCUGCCAACAUUGAUCGCAUCAGAGAAAUACGAAAUACCUAUUGUGGACAUGCACCCAGAGUCACACUUUCUGAUGUGGAUUUCCAGAGAAUCUGGCAAGAUAUGACAGUUAUAAUCUGUGAUCUCGAGGGAGGUUUAACAGCAAAAUGUACAAGGUAUACAGCUGCAGCCAAUCUGAUUAAAACUGACACUAUGGACCCAGAGCAGGAAAAGAGACUCUUGGAUGUUAUUGAUAAACAACAUCAAGAUUUUGAGGGCCUUAAAGAUUCAACAACUGAGGUAAUAAAAAUACAAGAGAAAAUACACCAAGAACAUCAGCUGCUACAAGCAGAACAAGACAUAUUGAAGUCUGAUCUACUACAAAAAGAGCAAGAGAUGAGGUCUCAGCUACACAAACAAGAAAAAGAACUAAAAUCUGCGCUGUAAGAACA